AUGGCUAAGGAUCUCACCUUGGUGGCUUGGGAUGAGGUGCAGGGGGAGGUAAAGCAUUGGGCUGUGUGGCAGCUCUGGCACCAGGUGCAGGGGAAGCUCUUCACCACGCUCCACUGCAUCGGCACGGGCCGGUUCUGGGAGGGGUGCAAGGGCAUCGACCCCCGCAUCAAGGAGGUCACGGCCGUUAGGGCAGCGGACCCGGAGGAGGCCGAGGACGGCCAGCAGCAGAUCCCCGCGCUCAGCUGUGCUACGUCCCCGAGUCCACGCUGCUCCUGCCGCCCGCUGUGGGUUUCCCACGGAGGGCCAGAGCGGCGGCAGCGCGCAAGACUUGCAGAACUCGGGCCCCCGGAGGAGACCGGCCCGCCACGGCCCUGGGGAGGUCCCGGAGGGCCUCUCUUGUCUGCACUCCCAACGCAGGAAACUCCCGAGACGCGAAGCCGCCAGCGUGCUGCCCUCCGAGCAGGGCGACGCGAAGCCGGCGGACCCCGGGGUGGCGGGGCAGCCCACAGAGGCGCAGGCCGACUUGUUGGAACAGCUCUCGGCAGCCCCUUCCGGGGGGCGUCUGAGGUCGCCAGCCGCGGCCUGCGGCUUCCAAGCAGGCUUCUGGCGCCUGGGGAUCGCGGCCAUCGGACUGGCCAAGGAGGAGCCCUCGGACUCCGACCUGCCCGCGUGCGCGCCCGGUUCCUGAUCUCCAAGAACAGCCCGUCCGCGCCGGGGGACCGCGGCAAGCCCUUGGAGGAGCUGGCAGGCCUGGCCAGACGAGGACCCGCGUCCUGCCACCUAUCGAGGAGCUCCGGGAGCGCACGGCGACCGCGCGCUCCGCCAACCUUUCUUCCGGGGUUCAUGGGCGCCGCCGGCGCUGGAAGUCCCAGGGGCACCGCGGGGAGCGCAGCUCCCAGGAUCCGGACAUCGCCAGUGCGCAGAGGACGCGGAUCAGGCCUCCCCUACCCCGGCGUCCGUCCACAAACCGGCGGAGUCCACGCAGCAAGCUGUGCGGGAGGCCCCGUGUUCGUCCACGCCGGGCGGCUGGCCUCCCGGGGGCGCAGAAAGCGCAGGCAGAGCUGCGGCCGCAAGUCCCGCCUUGGAGCUCCACGAGCCGGCGCUGCACACGGCAGAAUCCCCGCGACGUGGGCCCGCGCAGCCGGGGACAGAGACAGUCUGAGCUCCGUAACGGCGGUGCUGACCUGGAGGUGCCUCGUGCGCGUUGGGCCUGCAGGCCACGUCUCCUCCCACCCCUGCGCGGUGCUGCGCUGCACGCGGGGACGCGGGGCCCUGCGACCAGCUCCCCUCCCCUCCCGGGCCCGCUGCAGCCACACCAGGCAGCGGAGCCCGACCCCUCCGCGGUGCUCUCCGCCCGUGAUGGCCAUAGAUUUGCCUUGUGGUGUUGGAUCAGGAACUGUGUCUGCUCAUAAGUGCUUGUGUCACCCAGAACGUUUUGUUUUUUAAGAAAAUUGGUCUUUUCAGUUGGGUGCUGAGUGGUUUUCCAAAUCACGUCUCGGAUUAUAACAGAGAACAUGGCGGCCCAGAGGGAAUAGACUCAGAUGGUGUCAUCUAGAGCACCUGGGAUGAGAUUGUUGAUAACUUUGAUGAUAUGAACUUACAGGAAUCUCUUCUUCGGGGCAUCUAUGCCUAUGGUUUUGAGAAGCCUCCAGCUAUUCGACAGAGAGCUAGUAUUUUCUGCAUUAAAGAUCCAAACAGUAAUUCCGGCACCGACUGAAUGGGAGCCUGCAUUGUCUUGCUUGCAU